CGUAGUUGGUGUUGCUGAUUAGUUGUAGAGCUCAAUUCGCGUGUUCUUUGGUUUAUAUAAGUAGUGCAUUAUAGUGAGCGUCACACCAGUUGCAAUUGAGGCAAUAUUAGAAUUAGAUGUGAAAUACUUACCAUUCAAGGUCCUCAAAAAAACUAUUGGAAAGCUACACCUAUCGAUGAUGGUGAAGACAGAAACCAAACACACAAAACUUGCUGCAUAAAAAGUUUAUCAGAUUAUCUUAUAAGUUUUGUGUUUGUCUGAUUAACUGUUUAAUGUACCAGCACCAAUUAAAAUUAAAAUUAAUUCAAAAUAAAUAAAUCGUGUUAUAAAUGUUGGGCCAAAUUGAUAGCACAUUUCGGUAAACUGGAUUGACCAAAGACGAAAUAGUUUCACAAGUGAAGGAUCUUAAAGUGAUGUAAAUUAGUUCUUCUUUUUGCUCCUACAUUCAGAAAAGAAAGAAAUUAGGAUGCAUGGUACUGCAGGCCUCCACUCUGCUAUGGCCAUCAAGCGCCAAAGAAGACUGCGAGAACAAGCCAAACGCAAGCGCGAGAGACGCUUGUCUUCACACACCAGCAGCAUGGACAGCAUGGAGCAUUUGCCAACCAAGAAAAUUCCUCAUAACGCACCUCCGGAUCAUCGUCUGGCUACUUCCAUUGGUAUGCUUCACAUUGGAGUGUGCUUCUUAGUGUUUGGUCUUUUCCUCAUUGGAUCAGGACUGCUUCCAGACGAUAUGGUCACAUGGAGAGGAGGCGGUUGGUGGAAUGAACUACUAGCGACUGGAAUUUUUGUCGCCGCGUUGGGAAUUUUCCUUAUUGCACUCAACAGAGUCAUGUCUCGACGCGAAGAAGAAGAUCUCAACGAAUAUGUUUCGAGGCAGUUAACGAGAUCUAGAAGUGGUCAUCGAUUAGAAAGAGAUCUUGAAACUGGUUGUUUAACGACGAAAAAUACCAGACGAAUUCUUGAGAAAAAACGAGAAGACAUAGAUCGAGGCAUUAUCGACGUUACGCCAAUUCAUUCACCACACACCAAAAACGCUCCAAUUUCCAUACAAAAUGGGGAUGCUUACUUAGAAAAAAUUGUUGAAGAAGACGUAUUUGAGAAAAUUACAGAUGAAAGUAAACCGCUUGAAAAUAAAGAGACUAUAUCAACCACUACCACCGCCAGUUUGAGUCCUGGGACUCCUUCAGAAACUAGAGAACUAAUUUCAAAUGCUAGACAGUACAGUUUUAAUUCCAGACAGUAUUAGGCUCAAUGAUGACCAGCAUGUUUUAAAAUUAUAGCAAAACGUUUUAUUGUUUUGAUCGACUUCUUAUAUUUAUUAUUGUCGCAAGCCAAGUGAUGACCGCAAUUGGUCACAUAGUAGAAAUGCACACGUUUUUACGCUGCUCCAAAUUCAAUGUACUUAACUUUUUUCUUUUAUCCAAAUUGAAAAUCUUAGUUAUUACGAUUAUUAGCAGUUAUUAAUAACAUAGUAAUUAAUACAGUUAGUACAUGUGGGCUAUGUUGCAUGUUACUCACCCAAGAAAGAGUAUUCACGAGAUGCAUUCAGGUUAUAUAGUGAGUUUUUUAUAUUGCUGAACGUAGCUCCAUGUUCAAUUUCAAUUAAAAAAAAACAAGUCCAUCCAUUGGUGUUAUUCAAUAUACAAUAUAUUCGUAUGACAAUAAAUAAAAAUAAAGUACAUAAAUGAAGUUAUAAAGCUUUGAAAGCAGACAACCAAGUAUUAGCUUCUGACGACAACUUGAAUUUCAGUGAAUUCUCCUUGAAAACUCUGCAACAAUAUGUUGUAUAGUUUCUUCCACUUAAUCAUAUUGACAAUAUGGAUUUACCGUAGCAUUCCAAUUAAAUAACAUUGGAGGUGUAUCUAAAUAGUUUGGCAAAUAAAAAACAUUGCUUUAUUUAACAAAAAGUUACUUUAAGUUGCUUUAAAAAAGUCCGCCACACUAUAGCUCUAUCUUCAACGAUUUCAGCCCUACAGCCAGUUAAAGAUGCUUUCAUUACGGAAAUGUUUUUCUGUACCGGUGGUCGCGUGUUUACUUAGAGAUCAUUAAAUGACAUCCACUGGAUUGACUUGUUUUUUUUUUUAAUUAAACCUAAGGAUAUGUUUAGCAAUAUCAAUAUAAAAAGCUCACUGUAUGUAAAUCCAUAACGUUUUAUUCAGCAUCUCCACCUUGCACGGACAUUAAUAUUUCAUAAUCAUGAUUUUAUUUUAACAUACCACACAGUGGGUGGCAUAGACACUUCAGUGGGCAGUUGUAUUGCUCAUUUGCAAUUUCUUUGUUAAAAAGAUACAAAAAGUAGGAGAUGCUGGAUGAAACAUUUUAGAUUAUUAAAAUGUUUCGUCUAUUUACAAUAUACAAGGUGUUGCGUUUUCGUUGUUACAAAUUUAAACAGGAGAAUAUUUAAUUUUUAGACAAAAUUUUCUUAUGAACAUGUAUCGAAAAAUGCUACGCAAGAGAGCUACACCCCUUAAAGGGGUGCAUUUUUAAUGGGUUUUUUCUAAUAUUUCCGAAACCAUUUUAGAUAAAACUAUAAAAUUUGAUACAGAUGAUAACCUUUAUACACCUAAACGAAUUCAAAGAUAAAAUGUUGAAAUUUUUAAUCAGACCCUUUGUAACCUGGUCAAGUUUAGGGUAAAAAGUACUCAACAUUUUUGACUGUAGUCUCUUGCCACUUUGAGCAACGAAAUUUUAAAUUUCAUUUUUUUAAAGGUCUUUUGCGUUUUUCCGAUGUAACAUACCGAUUUGAAGUAAGAUCAGUUUGAAAAUUUAUGUUACAGACCAUAAACAGCAUAAAAGUUAAAAAUUAAAUUUCUUGUACCGUUUAGGACAUCUCUGAUUAACAAUUUAGACAUUUUAUCUUGGAAUUCGUUUUGGUGUACCAGCUGUACCAAAUUUUGUAAUUUAAUCUAUUUUGAAAUAUUGGGAAAACCUUUUAAAAAAACGCACCUUUUUUAGGUGGUGUAGCUCCCUUACAUAGCACUUUUUGAAACAUGUUUACUAUUGUCUUAAAAUUAAAUAUUUUAUCUUCUAUUUUAAUUUGUAACAAUGAAAACGGAACACCUGUACAUAGAAAAUUUCUAGUAAAGAGCAACCAAUGUUGUAAAAAAUUAGUAAAAUUGCCAAUAAAAAAAUAACAGAAGCUAACAGCUAAUGAUUUACUUUUCGCAAUAGUUACAAUUUUUUGUUUUAAACGUUUAUAUUUAUAUACGAGUAUUAAUGUUAUAAUAAUACAAUACAAAUACAAUAAUAUUAAUUUGCCAAUAUGUUUAUGAAGUAAAUACGUCAACGAUAAUCACUUUCCUUGUUAGAAAUAAUUCCAUUUGAUUGUAGCAUGUAUUUUUUGACAGUAGUCCGUCCUUCUCACAAAAACAUGUCUUGUUUUUAUUUAGAGACGUAUAUGCAGAGUGUUCAGAAAUGUUUAUGCAUUAUGUCAACUAUAGAAUUUCAAUUUAACAUGCCAUCUCCUUGAAAUGACUACUGUAAUUUCUGCUUAUUGUGAUCUCUGUUAAGCUUUAUUCUUACACAUUUUACAUUGUUUAGUAAUGUUUAUACAGUAUGUUCCCGGAUUGAGUUUACAAGAGGAAAAAUUUUUUUAUCUCUGAUUUUAUACUAAAACUGCAAAGGAAAAACAUUUUUUGCUUUACCUGAAACGAGCAAAUCUGUAAUUAAAACUUCAUUAUGUUUUUCCUUUGCAUUUUUGGUGUACUGUAUAUCAACUUUUAGGUUUUUCCUGUUCGGUGUUGUUAUUUCUUUCGUCAUUAUUGAAUCUGAAACUUCUUUGCGUUUAUUUGAUAUCUGUCAUUUAUGACAACAUUUACAAAGUAAAUAAAUAGGCAUAUAAAAUUGAAAUUCCAUAGAUAAAUUGAUAUGGAAGAAAUUUCGAAUAGCCUGUAUAUAGUAUGUGCCUUUCAUAAAGGGUGUUUUUCAAAAUUUGGCGUCAAAGCUAUCCAUGAAAGUUUUAUUAUGAACAAACGAUCGUAUUGAAAGUUAUUAAUCUACAUUUGACACAUCGCCGGAUGUAUUAAAAAUUGUGUUCUGUUCACAACACAUUAUAUCACCGCCAACUAUGAUGUCAAAUUUAAAUAAACACCCGUCAGUAUUCUCAAUCAGAACAGUUAGUUUGAAACAAUUUUGGCAGAUUAUUUUUGUAGUAUAGAAUCUACUAAUUUUGAAAUCAAUUACAGUAUUAGCUAUAUAUGAUUUUUGAGGUGUUUACUACUAGUUUAUGCUACUCAUAAGUGAUAAAUUAAGCUACUCACUUUUAUUGAAUUGUAAAUUUAACCAGUACGUGAUUACUCUUUAGUGUUAAAUGUAGGAGAAUUUUAGAGUAAAUUAGAGGAUUUUGUAUUUCUCAAACAUUUCUCUCUAGUAAUACAUAUUUCUUCAUAUCUAAACAAAAUAUGAUAUUUAUAGAUAAUUAGGUAUAAAUAGACACAUAUUUAAAAUCCAAAAGCACCAUCCCAAGAUGCACUGUGAUUUUGAAAUUUUUACAAUUAUAUAGAUGUAAAUACAUAUGUAUUUUGUAGCUUACUUUCUAAGAAGAAUACAUUCGAUAGCUUCAUUUUGUUAGUUGUUUACAAAAAUUCGUCUGUCACACAAACCUUUACGGACUGUACAACACUGUUGUAUUUACAUAACUUUUUUAUUUAUGUAUCUAAUUUCUCCAACAUAAUAAAAAAACAUUGUCAAAUACUGUUAUAAACUAUUUCUCUUAUCUCUUUCAUAUUCAUGUGAUCAAUCUGCAAGGCUGAAUUUUGUAAUGUCUAAUUGUUAGCAUAUUUAUGUGCGGAUAUAUGUUAUAUAAUUAGUUUAAAAUUUUAUAAAAUUGAUAUUUAUGUGUUAGACUGUCAUAAUCAUUAACAUAAUUGUAAGCCUUAAAUUAUAUUUUAAAAAUAUGUGGUAUCAUUUUAAUCGACUUUCACAAAAAAAAGAAUGGGUAUCUUAAGUAUUGAUAAAAUAGUUUACGUUUUGUGUACGGCAUAAAGUUUUGUAACGUACUCCUAUGCUAAACAUAUAGUUAAUAAACAGCUUAUAAAGUAACA